CCCACGGCCGCGGUGCGGGCGGGUCGGCCUGGAAGACCAGGAGGCCCCAUGAGCGCGGCGCCCCUGGUGGGCUACAGCAGCAGCGACUCCGAGGAUGAGGCGGAGGCAGGGGCCCGAGCCUGUGCUCAGAGCCCCCUUCCCAGCCAGAGGCUGCCAUUACCCGACAGCGUGCUGCACAUGUUCCCAGGCACUGAGGAGGGGCCCGAGGACGACAGUGCAAAACACGGGGGCCGGGUGCGCACCUUUCCCCACGAGCGGGGUAACUGGGCCACUCACGUCUAUAUACCUUAUGAAGCCGGGGAGGAGUUCCUGGACCUGCUAGACGUGCUGCUGCCCCGUGCACAGACCUGCGUGCCCCGGCUGGUGAGGAUGGGGGCGUUCCACGUCAGCCUGUCCCAGAGCGUGGUCCUGCGCCAUCACUGGAUCCUCCCCUUUAUUCAGGCCCUGAAGGACCGCAUGGCCUCCUGCCAGAGAUUCUUCUUUAUUGCCAACCGGGUAAAGAUAUAUACCAAUCAAGAGAAAACCAGGACCUUUGUUGGGCUCGAGGUCACCUCAGGGCAUGCCCAGUUCCUGGACCUGGUUUCAGAGGUGGACAGAGUGAUGGAGGAAUUUGACCUCGCCACUUUCUACGAGAACCCCUCCUUCCACAUCAGCCUGGCCUGGUGCGUGGGGGAUGCCCGUCUCCAGCUGGAAGCACAGUGCCUGCGGGAGCUACAGGAACUCGUGGACGAGUUUGAGGACUCGGAGACACUACUGCGUGUGCACGCCGAGCAGGUGCGCUGCAAGUCUGGGAACAAGUUCUUCUCCCUGCCUUUGAAGUGAGGCCAAGCAGAGAUAGAGGAACCUGAUCAAAUGAAUGGGGUUGCUCCCAGCCUUCCCCUGGCCUGAGGGGUGGCCACUCCCCUCUUUCUACCACGUAGCCACCCUUGCUCAUUGGUGGCAAGUCAGUGCUGCUGGGUCAUGGUCAUUCCCAGAAGUCACCAGUAGAGGGCAGCCUGGACUUCCUAGUUCUUGCUCUUGUGAUGGUUUUGCAAAAAAAAAAAAAUUUUGCUCCAGGGGCGAGCCCACCCUUCCUCAGCCAGAAUCCGCACUGUAGACCCUCCAGUAACCCUUCCCCCCGGCCACUGUUUGCAUUUUGAAGCCACUGGCCUCAGACCAUGGUUUUUGUUCAUCUUCAUGCUAGGACACAGCAUGCUUGUGUGGAUACUUCACCCUCCUUCCUCAAAGCAUGGUACUUUUAUUUAUUUACUUUUAGCCACACCCCCUCCUCUGCCCGGGAGGCCACUUCAGGGCCAAGGUACAGGGUGCUAAUUUGUGAUUCAGCAUCAGUUUUCUCCCUUCCUUGCUCCUACUCGCCCCCCACCAGGGGAGAUGUGAGCAGAUGUUUCGUUUUGGCCAGGCAGGUGGCUUAGAGCCAGGCCUCCAACGCUGUGACCUCUGGCUUCCAACCAGGUUUCCCAAAGAGGCAGAGACACACCUUCCCCCAGCAGGUUCUCCCCCUGCUGCUCCCUGCAGCCUGCCUUGGCCUGCAGGCCUUCUGAGGGAUGGGGGGUUGGGGGGAGGGGGCGGGUGUGACACAGGAGUUUUAUUUUUUCAUUAAGUUCUCACAAGAGCAAACAGCCCUCUCCAGUAGCCAUCUGGCUUUCUGGUGAUGAAUGAAGACAUUUUUAUGUUACAGUUUUCAAUGAUGAUCGACAAAUAAAAAUUGCCGUUUUUACUUUGGAUUUUG